CUCUCACACUGCAUUAUCCAUUAACGUUAUCAGAAGAAGAAGAAGAAGAGGGUAACAGUAACAAUGGCAGCAUCAGCAGCUAUGGCUGCUCUUCAGAGCUCCAUGACGUCACUCUCACUGUCCUCCAACUCCUUCCUCGGACAGCGUCUCUCUCCUCCUUCGCCCCUUCUGAGUAAGUCGGCAGAGAAUCCAUGUCUUAUUGUAAUGAAGCUUAAGCGAUGGGAGCGAAAGAAAUGUAAACCAAACAGUCUUCCCAUCUUGCACAAGAUGCAUGUUAAAGUCGGAGAUACAGUGAAGAUCAUAUCUGGACAUGAAAAGGGAAAAGUAGGGGAGAUUGUCAGGCUCUUCAAGCAUAACAGCACUGUCAUAGUGAAAGACAUAAAUUUGAAAACGAAGCACAUGAAGAGUAGAGAGGAAGGGGAACCAGGGCAAAUUAUUAAGAUUGAAGGGCCUAUCCACAGCUCAAAUGUGAUGCUGUACUCCAAAGACCAGAAUGUUGCGAGCCGCGUCGGUCAUAAAGUCCUUGACAAUGGUAAAAGAGUCAGGUACCUUGUAAAAACUGGAGAGAUAAUUGAUAGUGCAGACAAUUGGAAGAAACUGAAAGAGGAAGACAAGAAAACUGAAGAGGUUGCAACCACCUAGUUUUGUUGGUUGAAUUCUUCAAGCCCUCACCAUGGAUGUAACAAUAGGUGUACCUUUUUUCUUUCUCACUUUUCCCUUUUCAUCAUUUGAUGUAUAUUUUUACAUAAAACCUGAGUAAUUAAUUUUGCUCUAUAUUGUUGGUUUGACUUUGGUUAAGAGAAGAAUUCUUUCAUGUCUCCCACCCAGAUCCAUUAUGUGCAUCACGUUCAAGAAGAGAACAUUUUCUUUUGGA